CCGCGACAACAGCCUCGGUUUCACUUUCAGCGCCGCCACCGGAGGCUCUUUCAACAGGUGCUACAAGUUGGACAACAAUCGCCUCGGAUCUCCGAUCAUCAUCAGCCCGUCUACCUGGCGAGACUCCGGCUCUUGCGGCCCAGGAACCCUGGAACUGUCUCUCACGCAACGCCAGAUCCUGGCAGGAUUUCGAUCAAAACAAGCCUCUAGAUUGCCCAUUGCCAAUGGCCGGGAGUCGUCGGACUUGGCUAGUCUCCGAGGUGCCAGUCGGGCAGUCCAGCGACGAAGGGAUUUACGACUCGCGGGCUUAGGCAAAUUUUUUCGCAACGAUGCGUCGGCGGAAUUGACCUGCUUAUGUCGUCUACCUACAGGCCCUCCUAUAUAAGCAUGAUGUUUGCUUAGGACGACAGAUCAUUCCACUUUUGACAGCUCACUCGGCAGUACCAGAAAAAAAUGUCAUCCGUCAUGCACUACUAUCCAGUUCACCAGGCUAAAGUCGGCCCCUAUCCAGCAGAUCCUUCCGAGGUUAAAUACAGUGAUUUGAUCUAUGGUCAUCAUCACGACGUGAACCCCAUCGGUCUGCCUCCCAACUACAACCAGAUGAACUCCAACCCCACCACCCUCAACGAUCACUGCUCUCCGCAGCAGUUGCAUCAGCAGCAGGUGUCCUCCGACGAGAAUCUGCCAUCCCAGCCCAACCACGACUCGCAGAGGGUGAAGCUGAAGCGAUCCCGGACUGCCUUCACCAGUGUCCAACUGGUGGAACUUGAGAACGAGUUCAAGAGCAACAUGUAUUUGUACAGGACGCGUAGGAUUGAGAUUGCUCAGCGCUUAUCCCUGUGCGAACGCCAGGUGAAGAUCUGGUUCCAGAACCGCCGAAUGAAGUUCAAGAAGGACAUACAAGGUCACCGCGAGCCCAAGGCCAACACCAAAUUGGCUCAACCGCAGGCAGAGCAGAGUGCCCACCGAGGCAUAGUAAAGCGCCUCAUGUCCUACUCCCAGGAUCCCAGGGAGGGCACCGCGGCAGCAGAAAAGCGUCCUAUGUUGGCGGUGGCUCCUGUGAAUCCCCAGCCAGACUAUCAACCCAGCCAGAAAAUUAAGACCGAAGCAUCAACCAACAACAGCAUGUGCUCCAGCGCCGAUCUCAGCGAGAUCUUGGAGCAUCUGGCUCAAACUACAGCUGCACCACAGAUCAGCACUGCCACUCCAGUAACAUCUGCCAACUCCAGUUCUAGUUCCUCUUCCGGGCACUAUUCCUACAACGUGGAUUUGGUUCUCCAAAGCAUCAAGCAGGAUUUGGAGGCAGCGGCCCAGGCGUGGUCUAAGUCGAAAUCCGCGCCUAUCCUGGCCACUCAAUCCUGGCAUCCCAGCUCCCAAAGUCAGAUCCCCACGAGCGUGCAUGCGGCUCCCUCAAUGAAUCUGUCGUGGGGCGAGCCUGCUGCCAAGUCGAGAAAGCUGAGCGUUAAUCACAUGAACCCGUGCGUAACCACCUACAAUUAUCCCAACUAAUUUCGAGUUAAAUAAGUUAUACUAAGUUUUACUAUAAAUUUUUGUUGGAGCUAAGCAACCGUCUCUGGCCCUUGGACGCAAAAUUCUAACCCAACUCAGUGACAAAAGCCAUGAAUAUUCUUAGAUUAUCGUGAAGUUUAAGCCUUUUUUUUAAUAAAUAUAUAUAUAAAUGCCUCUGUAUUGGAAUCAUAGUUAAU